AUGAAUACAGUACUCGCUCAGCCCUUCUCUGAGGGCAAACAGAUCAAACUCCCCGAACCCGGCCCCUCGUCUCAUUUCCGGCAUCAUAAUGGAAAUUUGGAUCCCUUUUCGCCUGUGAACGAAAAUGGAAGUUUCGAAUUCGAUCGAGUCUUGAAGACAGGGAAAGUCUCUCGCCGAGUCAAGCAUAAACAUGUCUUUCGCGCCUCGUGGAAAGCAGCCUACCUCGUCCUCAGACCGAACCUCCUUUCCGUAUACAAAGACGAGGAAACCACUCGCCUCCGAGUCUCCAUUUCCCUAUCUGAAGUGACCGCCGUCGCGCCCGUCAAGUCCCCGCGAUCGGGCCGGCGGCAUGUUUUCGGUGUUUUUACUCCAUCUACGAAUUACCGCUUCGAAGCCCUGACCGAACGCGAUGCCGAGGACUGGAUUAAUCGCAUCCGUGCCGAGACCCCAGGCGACGAGGACGAGCAAGCUUUCCUGGCUUUGACCCAAAAGCGCGAACCCCCCACCAUCCACAAACAACUCGUUGAUGAGACAACCGAUCCCUCCGACUUCGAUCACACUGGCUGCGCUAGCUCUCCCGAGCCACGCCAUGCAUUGUCCCCACGCAGCAAAAAUGCCCAGAGACUCCCUUACAUCCAAGAUUACUCCGGCAACGAAAUGACCUCGUUUUCAGAGUUCUCCGAUGGACCUGCGCCAGCACCCAACAGCCGCCUACGAUCUAUGCGCUCCCUCAAUUCACUGUCCGUUCCAGCAGAGGAUAAACAAGGACCCCGGCCGUCAACAUCUAUACUCCGAGACACAAACAAACAGUCAGAACUGGGCAUCCUGCGUGACCCAGAGCGGGUCAUCUGCCAGGGGUACCUGCAGGGGCUACGUAUCCAAGGGACCGUGCGCCAAUGGAAACGACUCUGGGUUGUGCUUCGACCUAAGAGUCUAGCCUUCUACAAGGAUGAAUCGGAGUACGCAGCCAUCAAGAUCAUCCCCAUGUCUCAAGUAUUUGAUGCCGCAGAAGUGGACCCUCUGUCGAGAUCCAAGACCUUUUGCAUGCAGAUCAUCGCCGAAGAAAAGACCUAUCGACUUUGCGCCCCAGAGGAAGAGUCCCUCGCGCGCUGGCUAGGUUCAUUGAAAAGCAUUCUUGCUGCGCGCAGGAGAUUGGAUCCUUCUAUGGGAACUUCCGUAUCAUGA